AUGGAAGUUGUUAACUGGAGUGUGCCCACCCGCCUUCCCCUCGCCUUGCAAGUAGAAGAGGUUUUACUCGCGCGCAAAAUCGGCCGCAAUGCGUUGCUGAUAUCUGUCUGGACUCUUUUUGGCGUCACCACUUUGCUACUCCUAUUACGUUUUGCGAUCAGACUACGCGUUCAUCGGCAGCUUUUUUGGGAUGAUAUACUUGCAGGUCUUGCCUAUGUCUUCCUACUAGGCCAUAAUAUUCUCGCUACCCUGGCAACACCGACGAUUUACUUGCUACUUGAUCUAUUUCAGAAUAAGCAUGGGUUCAUGCAGCCAGAUCUCCUACAGAGAAUUGACCUGAUGGUAAAACUGGUUCUAUCCAGCAACUUUCUCUUCAGGAUAUGCAUAUACCUCGUCAAGGCCAGUUUACUUGCCUUGCUUUGGAGGCUCUUUAACUGUCUACCCAACUUCCGCAGGGCAUGGCUAGCUAUUAUUGUUGUCACCAUUAUUGGAUUUGCUCUCUCCAUGAUUCUUCCCCCUGUUGCAUGCUCGAAUUUUACUGCACUUGGCUGUAUCUCCCCCAGGCAGAUAAAGCUAUCUGCCAUUGACAUCUACGUCAGCACCGUUUUUGAUGUAAUCACAGAUGUUCUUAUUGUGUCUCUCCCCGUGGCCUUUAUCCUCAAAUCUUCUCUCCCCAUGCCCCAGAAAACAGGACUGGUCGGCCUCUUCUUGCUCGGACUCGCCGUCGUCAUCAUAUCCAUCCUCCGCACUAUUGAAACAGAUGGUAAAUCUAAAUUAUCACCUCCAUCAUGGCUCCUCUUCUGGAGUUCAAUGGAAGCCACCAUUGCAGUGAUGGUGUCAUGCUUUGCUUCCUACAAAUCCCUCUUCACCUCACGAUCACGGACUUCCAACUACCAUCCACACGGACACACCGCAUCUGUCAUCGCCUCUACUCCGGCUAAUAUUCGGAAAGCCAGGAUGCUGAACGGAAGUGAUUCGCGAGAAGAAAUUAUCCAUCGCACCGAAUUUGAAGUCAGUUACGAGAUGGCACCCGCCAACUCAAACAGCCAUGCCGGCCAUACUAGCCCCUAUUUUAAUCCCCCAAAAUAA